AGGAAAUAAAUGCAUGAAUUAGUUUUUCAGCAUCACUCUGAGACAAGACCUUUCUAAUUUUAGAGAUAAUGCAAGUAGUCCUACAUAUUUGUUUAAUAUGCGCAUUGAAUGACAUAUCCUGGUCAAGUUGUACAGAUCCUGAGGUUCACCAGUCGGUGCUUAUCCCCAGAUUCCAUGGCAUGAAAUGGAUGAGCGUCUGACUCCCCAUGGAUGGAACACCAGUCUGACUCGGGUUACUUCCCCAGCAAACGUUGGUAACCAGCUGGGUGGACUGAGACAAAGCAGAUGAAGUGUUUUAAUCUAAGAACACAGACAGUUUUGAUGAUAACACAGGUUAAUAAACAACUGGGUCUAGCCUCAUUUUAUUAAGACCUCCAGAAAGAAAUGUAUGACAGUCAUUCUGGAGAGGUAGCUGUAGUCAAGUAAUUCAACCCCAAAUCAGAAUCAUUAAAAUUAGUAUUUGAUCAUAAUUAUUCAAAUGAAAAUAAUUAAAAAAAAUUAAUUUGUGUGUAAAUUAAUCUAGAAUAUAUAACAUUUACACUUUCUGAAAUAAGUGACAAAAAUAUUUAACUUUUUCAUAAUCUUAUUUUUUCAGACACACCUGUACAUCCAUUCCUGUGUUUAAGGCUGCAACAGAUUUAAAAAAGCUGUGAUGUGGGUAAUUUAAAAGUACUUAACUUCAACUUUAACUUCAUAUAGCAGCCAAAUAAUGUAGGGGCCAAUGAAGGCUUACACAGGGGUCAAAAAAUAAAACUUACAAUUUUGGCAAAUUGUGAUGUAAAUUACUUGUUGAGUUGAUCAGAUUUUUAAAAAGUAAAAUCAUUCUUCAAAGUAAUGGAUUCUAUUCCAUAUGACCCAAAACAUGAUGAUAAAGCACAACAGAUGGUGCAAACUAUUAAAAAAAAAUUGUAUUUGCACAACCAAAUAUUUGAAUCACAUUUUAUCAAAACUGGAGCAGCUUUAACUUUUGACGUUUGUACAAAUUGAAACUGACCAUUGCCAUAAUUUUAUCUGUUCAUAACAUUCACUCAUAGAUCAUCCAAACUAUACCUUUUUGGCAUAUUUAUCUGUUUUACUUUUAAAUAUGACUGGAGCAUUUUUAAAUGUUGACCCCUGUGUUAUUCUUUAAUGACCCCGACCUGUUUAUUGCUGUCACCCUGAUGGCCACCAUACAUUUUAUGUAGGUUGUAGAAUACUCGGUUUGGAUUAAUGCAUUUUAGGUGGUACUGAACUACCUACCUGUUCUAUUACACACAACUAUAAGAAGAGUAUUUAAGAAUUAACUUUUUCUCACUUUUUGUAAGUUAUGACACAAUAUUGUUUUAUAAAGACACUGUUGAAGUGAAUUGUUUUGUCAACAAAUAAAGGAAAACCUGCUUUUCAAUUCACAGUUUGUCCUAAAAAUGAUUUAACUGUUAAUGUGACACUUUUCACGAAUUUAUUAAAGUUAUAAACCUUGAGGUUUUUCAGCGUGUUGUUUCUGUCGGAUCUUUUAUACGGAUGGAAUAACCGGACGUGCUGCGCCUCAUAAAAAUGUCUGUCGAUGAAUCAAAGUUGAUUUUGGAGGAACACAACAAGACAAAUGGAGACAGACUUCAGUUCUUUGCUCAGAUUAAUGAGGUUCACCCAAAACCAGGAAGCGCCCAAAAACGGUGCAAGUCUUACCAGUGUGGAAAGACUUUCAGGCAGUUAUCUCAUAUAAAACACCACCAGCUCAUCCAUGAUGAGGAAAAACCACACACCAGUGACCAGUGUGACAGAGCUUUUAGUCAGUCAUCUCAUCUAAAACAUCUUAUUGACAGUGAGACAAAAACAUUCACCUGUGACCAAUGUGGGAAAUAUUUCAGCCGCAUCUGUACCCUUCAAAUUCACCAAAGCAUCCACAGUGGAGAUAAACCAUACACCUGUGACCAAUGUGGGAAAUCUUUUAGCCAGUCAUCAAGCCUAAAACGCCAUCAACACAUCCACAGUGGAGAGAAACCGUACACCUGUGACCAAUGUGGGAAAUCUUUUAGCCAGUCAUCAAGCCUAAAACGCCAUCAACACAUCCACAGUGGAGAGAAACCGUACACUUGUGACCAAUGUGGGAAAUCUUUCAGACAGUUAUCGAAUCUACAACAACACCAGCGUUAUCACAGUGGAGAGAAACCGUACACAUGUGACCAAUGUGGGAAAUCUUUCAACCGGUUAAAUACCGUGGAAAGUCACCAACGCAUCCACAGUGGGGAGAAACCAUACACCUGUGACCAAUGUGGGAAAUCUUUUAGCCAGUCAUCAAGCCUAAAACGCCAUCAACACAUCCACAGUGGAGAGAAACCGUACACUUGUGACCAGUGUGGGAAGUCUUUCAGUCAUUUAUCGAGCCUAAAACACCAACACUUACACAGUGGAGAGAAACCAUAUGUCUGUGGCCAAUGUGGGAAAACUUUCAGGCAGUCAUCUGCCAGACAAAAACGCCAACACAUCCACAGUGGAGAGAAACCAUGCACUUGUGACCAAUGUGGGAAAUCUUUCAACCGGUUAAAUACCCUGGAAAGUCACCAACGUAUCCACAGUGGAGAGAAACUGUACACCUGUGACCAAUGUGGGAAAUGUUUCAGCCAGUUAUCGAGCCAACAACAACACCAACGCAUCCAUAGUGGAGAGAAACCGUACACCUGUGACCAAUGUGGGAAAUCUUUCAGACAGUUAUCGAAUCUACAACAACACCAGCGUUAUCACAGUGGAGAGAAACCGUACACCUGUGACCAAUGUGGGGAAUCUUUCUGCCAUUUAGCGAGCCUACAAAUACACAAACUCAUCCACAGUGGAGUGAAACAGUACAUCUGUGACCAAUGUGGAAGAACUUUCGGCAAGUCAUCAACCUUAAAAACACACCAACGCAUCCACAGUGGAGAGAAACCAUACACCUGUGACCACUGUGGGAAAUCUUUCAGUGUGUUAUGUACCCUGCAAAAUCACCAACGCAUCCACAGUGGAGAAAAACCAUACACCUGUGACCAAUGUGGGAAAUUUUUCAGUCAUUUACCUAGCCUAAAAUACCACCAACGCAUCCACAGUGGAGAGAAACCAUACACCUGUGACCAGUGUGGGAAAUCUUUUAGCUAUUUAUCGAGCCUAAAACAACACCAGCACAUCCACCGUGGAGAGAAACCGUACAUCUGUGGUCAGUGUGGGAAAACGUUCAGUGAGUCAUCUGCCAGACAAAAGCACCAACGCAUCCACAGUGGAGAGAAACCAUACACCUGUGACCAAUGUGGGAAAUCUUUCAGCCAGUCAUCAACCUUAAAAAUACACCAACGUGUCCACAGUGAAUCAGAAUAGCUUUAAUUGCCAAGUAUCCACAGAAUACAAGGAAAUUGACUUCGGUUGAGCUGCACUCUCCCUGUACGGCAUGUAUAAAUAUGCACUGUUGUUGGUCAUUCAGCUGCUCCCGGUUUGUGUUCGGGGUCGCCACAGCGGAUACAGCCAGAUCCGCAUUGGUAAUUGGCACAAGUUUUACGCCGGAUGCCC